UCACAAAUUUCCAUUACCGUUUAUCCUAAAUACACUGACGAUGUUAACAAUGUGGGGAGUAUUUACGAGUCUUAGAAUGUUAGUAGUAGUAUUUCUAUUAAUGUUGUUCACUGUAAAACUAUUAAUAUACUACAUAAUUAAAAACACAAAAAACUAUUGGGAACAGUAUAGUACUCCCCAUGAGAAAACAACAUUCUUCUUCGGAAACUUGGCGAGGGUUAUACUGGGCCGGUUAUCCAUGGCAGAAUACCUACAAAUUGUUUACAACAAACAUAAAUCUCACAGGUACGUCGGGAUCUACCAAUUCCAAAAACCGACCUUAAUUUUACGGGACCUUAAACUGAUUAACGAAAUUACUGUAAGAGAAUUUGAUAAAUUUCCUCAGCACGUGCUGUACACUUCCGAAAAAGCUGACCCAAUUUGGGCGCACAACCUGUUCGCAAUGCCAGGAAAUCAAGAAUGGAAGGAUUUAAGGGCAACUUUGAGUCCGGCGUUUACAUCCAACAAGCUCAAAACGCUUUUUUACCUCAUUGACAAGUGCGCCCAGUCCUUCACCGAGCACCUUUUGGAAAAAAAUAGUUUAGUCGAAGUGGAAAUGAAAGAAGCAUUCGCGAAACUUACAAACGAUAUUAUCGCGAGUACAGCGCUAGGUGCCACAUGUAACUCGUUAAAGGAUCCUCACAAUGCCAUUUAUAAAAUGGGCGUAAACACAGCGGACAUUGCCAAGUUUCCAAAGAAUCUCAAGUUUUUCAUGAAUAACAUUAACACCAAACUUACUGAAUUGAUGAAAGUACGAUUUAUAAGCGAAGAAGUGCGAGUAUUUUUCCAAAAAAUUAUUCAGGACUCUAUUAAAAUGAGAGAGAGCACAUCUACAUUUCGCCCGGAUAUCAUCCAGUUGCUAAUGGAAGCUCGAAAAGGUCAGCUCAAGGUAGAUACUGGCGCCGAUACAAGUCUGGAAAUUGCUGCGGUGUCCGAAGCCAGCGAGACUUUCGAGGAGAAGAGUGCAAAAAUCGAAAUUACUGACGAUAUCAUGACAGCUCAAGCUGUUAUAUUCUUUCUUGCAGGUUUUGAUACCUCAUCUACGGCUAUGAGCUUUGCUGCGUAUGAACUGGCUCUUCACCCGCACAUACAGCAGAAAUUAUUAAAUGAAAUUCGCAACACAAUGGGAAAAGAGGGUGAGAAAUUGACCUAUCAAAUUGUCACCUCUAUGAAAUAUUUAGAUAUGGUUGUGUCGGAAGUUCUAAGGAAAUGGCCACCUUUUGCAGUGACUGACAGAACAACAGUUCAAAACUACGUGAUCCAACCUGCUGCAGAAGGCGAGCUGCCCGUCCCCAUCAAUUCAGAUGUAUUAUGCCUAAUCCCAAUUUUCGCAAUACACAGAGAUCCGGAGCAUUUUCCCAAUCCAGAAGAAUUUAAUCCCGAUCGCUUUCUGGGCAUUACUAAGCGUCCACCCGGAUUUCUACCCUUUGGAAGUGGAAGGCGCAACUGCAUAGGUUCGCGUUUCGCACUUCUAGAAAUAAAAAUCGCACUGAUUCACCUUUUAUUAAAAUUUGAAAUAGUUCCAAUCGAAAAAACGCCAAUUCCAAUAGUUUUAAGUAAGACCAAUGUCAAUCCCAUUUCUGAUAGGGGUUUUUGGUUGGGACUAAAACCAAGACAUAAUUAACCAAAUUUUAAAAAUUAAUCUACGAAUACAAUUUCCUUAUUAAUUUUUAUAAUUAACGACCUACUUUUUAAGUUAAUUUUUGUAUUGUAUUUUACUUCAUUAUUGUUGUAAUUGUAACGUUCAAUUCUGAUAUAGCGAACAUGCUCAAUUAUUGUAUUUUCACUGCUCGCAUUGCCAUAUACAUAAAUAGAGAAAAAAUAAAGCUUUUUGUAUCAGA